GCCAGAGGCCCGGCCAACAGCGCCCCGAGCCAGCCGCCCAGAGGGAAGGCGGACACAACAAGACUCCACAUGAGGGUCACCUGAGGUGUCUCCAGACCGACGCCCCAGCGCUCCAUGGCGCCAUCCCCAACAAAGAGGAAGGAGGAUGACAGAAGUAAACAGAGAGGCAAGGAGAAGUCGGGAGCCACGAAAGAAGGAGCUGAUAAGGGCCGGGGCCGAGAGAAGAACCGCGCACGGCGCAGUGCUUCCAGUGGGAGCAGCAGGUCCAGCUCCAGCUCCAGCAGCAGCUCAGGCUCCAGCUCCGGCUCCUCCAGUGGCUCCAGCUCCUCUGCCUCCAGCCACUCGGGCUCCUCCAGCUCUCGCUCCUCCUCCUCCUCCUCCUCGUCCUCUUCACCGAGCCCCAGCCGCCAGCGCCACAACAACAGACGACGCUCACGCUCAAAGUCAAAAUCAGUGAAGAAGGAUGACAGAGACCGGCGCCGUAGGAGCCCCACACCCAAACCCACCAAGGUCUACUUGGGCCGGCUGACCAGAAAUGUUAUCAAGGAGCACAUCCAGGAGAUCUUCUCCACUUAUGGCAAGAUCAAGAUGAUCGACAUGCCCAUGAACCGCGUCCACCCUCACCUGUCCAAAGGCUACGCCUACGUGGAGUUUGAGACACCUGAGGAGGCGGAGAAGGCCCUGAAACACAUGGACGGAGGUCAGAUCGACGGUCAGGAGAUCACAGUCACAGCUGUGCUGACUCCCACAGUGCGCCUACCCCCCCGCAGGCUGUCCCCUCCUCGCAGGAUGCCUCCCCCACUACCAAUGUGGCGACGCACUCCACCUCGAAUGAGGAGAAGGUCUCGGUCUCCACGGCGACGCUCUCCAGUGCGACGCAGGUCUCGAUCGCCCGGCCGCCGCCGGCACCGGUCACGCUCUAGUUCCAACUCCUCCCGCUAGUGAUUGGGAAACCCUUCCUCCUCCCCUCUGCUGUGUUCUUUUGAUCAUCGGUGUGACCAAACAAACAUGAAGGAAAUACAUAUUUUAGUGGUUUAACCAUCAGAACCUGCGUGAUGAGAACAUGGACACCAAAAUUCCUACUGUAUCCCUGAUGGAAUAAUUUGGGCGGAUGAUUUUUGCUAACAUUAUAGCAAACGCAGUUUUAAAUGAUGAGACAUAAAACUGAGACAAUGAGCUCUCAAGCUAAAUGAUAAGUAACGUACUACUUAUAAUGUAACUGUCGCAGUUUUGUGGUGGUCAGUAAAGCAGUUUAUUCAAAUCCCAGAAAUACUGUUGAGUUUUGGAAUCAACAAAAUGCAAAAAACAAUGAACAGACAAUUGCACAAUUUGUGUAUGACACAGUAUGCACCAUGGAAGUUACAAAUAUAAGUUAAAUGUCUUGCUUUUUUUAUAAGUAGCUUCUGCCACUUGAGUAAGAUCGCGGAUCUUGUGCUGUGAAGUCAUUAGGCCUGAUUCGGCCUAACAUGGGCUCAUGUUUAGGAUGCAUCUGUGUACAGUACAUCAUAAACCUCACACAGUGAACAAGUUUCAAUCCAAAUUUCACGCAAAAGUUUGAACGAAUUUCCAGUCAGCAAAGAAAACGUAAGCCCAUGCAUGUUUCCACUCGCCACGUAUUAUUAUCAAUUAGCCGUUACUACAUCGAGAUAAAGAGUUGAUGGUGAUAAUUAUCCCGUCAUUAAGUCUGGUGCCAUUAAAGCAAUUGCAGAAGAAAAGCCAAGCGGAAAAUCUUUUUUGCGACAUUCAGACUUUUUUUUAAUUAACAGCAUAAUCACUGUUUUAUUUUUGUUUUUUUUACACACACAAAUAGAAAAUGCUCAUAAAAACAGGUGACUGCACUUAAGUGUGUUACAGUCAUCUACCAUCAUAUAUUACCGUCAUGUAAGCGUGGAGCAAAUCAUCUUGUGGGAUCAUAUGGUCGAUUGUAGUGUCUGUGUUCUCAUCACCGAAGCAGCAGGUGAACUAAUGACUUUGAGACGGUCUUAAAAUCAUCCUACUGUACAGUACAGCAGACAGCGUUCAUCUGGCAGAGCCCGGAUGUUAACUUUCAUUGUGGUCCAGUGCAAUCAAUUACUGUUAUUGAAUUACAGAUGUGACAUGGUGCUACUGGUCAUAAUUGUUGUUUUAAAGCCAUCUCUUCUCUAACCCUGGCCUUUGUUAGUGUAUGACGCCGCAGCAUCACUUCUUCCAGUAAAUCACAGUUACAAAGGCAGCUAUACAAGUGAGUCAUAAGUCAAAUAUCAGUUAGCAGUGUAUGUCUGUUUCAAUAGAAGUCUGGAAAUGACACGGUGGUUAUUACAGUGUCGGUAGAGGUCAGAAGGUUAUCGCGUGUCUCGCUGGUGCAUCAGGAAUUCCUGUUCUUUUUUCCAGCUGAUUUUUAUGUGUCACACUGUGAUCUUCUGAUCCAGACGUUUGUGGUUUUAGCUCUGGGAUCAACAGUUGUGCUAACUUGUUCUCUUCAGAGGCGGACUGAUGCAACAUGCUUGACUUGGUGUAUGUGUGUGAUGGCUUGACAAUAAAGUUCAUGGUUUGAACU